AUUUUUUCUGAUCGGUAUUUCAGACUCUGAGACACAAAUUCCCAUUUUAUACCCGGUUUAUUCUCUCUUUAAUCAAUGCUGUGAAUUAAGAUAUUAAUUUAAUUUCUAGAUAGUUUAAAAAUUCGACUUUCAGGUCGACAAAAUUUGUUUUCCUAAUUACAUUGUGAAGAGAUACAAAAUGAUGUAAUGAUAUGCAAAUUUUGCCCAUCGAGGUUACGUGUUAAAAAUCAUAAUUUAUGGAGUAACCGAUAAAGAGACAACAUUGCCAAUUUUGUCUUGUUUUACUUAAAUUUUCAUUAAAAAUCAUUAUUUAUUAUGCUGUCUCAGUAAUAUAAUGUGUCACAACAAUAAUUACAAUAUAAUAUAAUAUAAAACAGUGGACAUGGACCAAAAGGAGAAGAAAGAAAAUAAAUUUUAUGAAACGUUAUUCUUAACUGGGAUAGCAGGGAUAUCCUUAAUAAGUGGUUUCUUCAAUGCAUUGUCGUCAGUUAAGAAAAAAGAUAGUAAACAUUUUGAUAUCGGACUUACAGGAGGAAAAGGUCUCCAUGAAUCUGGCGCAGCUCUUGCUACAAGAGCUUUGUUCUGGGGUUCUGUAUGGGCGAUUGGUGGUUGUGGUAUACUUUUUUAUGGAAUUUGGAAGCUUUCUGGAGCUACAACGGCCCAAGAGUUUCGAUUAAAGGUUGGAAAUAUUUUACCAAAAAUACCAAAAAAUGAUCCUCCUCAGAGUAGAACCGAAUUUGAGAAUCUUACAGAUUUGUUAAGGUAUGUUUCUGAAGAAUGGGGUAAAGAAAAAUAG